GGAACCAACCAGUGUGUGUGGAAACUGGGUAAGGAGGGCAGUGAGGAGCGGUGGAAAGGCGGACUGAUGACAGCUGUCACUGCGGACAAAAACACUAACAAUCUCUGAAGAGAACCCGAAUGGCUCACCCCUGAAACUCCAGGAGACAAGGGAUAACACCUCGACAGUAUCGCGGGUUAUUUAAAGGUGUCGCGAAGGAAUUAACACACGUUUCCAUCUCCUGGGCUUACGCAGUAUGAGUUCCAGUACUAACAUGGGGACACAAGGCACUGGUAGAAAGCGUGCUCCUCUAAAAGAUCGGUUCUCAGCAGAGGAUGAAGCGCUGAGUAGCAUUGCUCGUGAGGCGGAGGCGAGGCUGGCAGCAAAGAGGGCGGCUCGGGCAGAGGCAAGAGACAUUCGAAUGAGGGAACUUGAACGGCAACAGAAAGAGCUUUCUUACCGCUCAUCCAGCAGUAGCAGCAGAAAAUGGGGUCAGAUCCACCAGUGGAUGGCUGACGCAGAAAAAGCCAGAGCCUCUAGUAGUAGUAGAUCCAGCAGCCGUCAUCAGCGGGGGCUGGAUGAUGAUGUCACGUCAGUCCGCAGCUACAGGUCGUCGUCAUCAGGAAUACGUGACUUGGGGUCUAAGAGUCAAUCCAGUUCCCGUAGAAAAGAUGCCUUGUCUGAUGGCAUCUCUACUAGCUCUGCGCUCAAGAGUUCACGCUCCACUAGUUCUGUGUACAAUGAUCUGCAUAGCCAUAAGAAGGCUUCAUCCCGGCCCUCAAAGAAAGACCUUCUGACUGGGCUGUACCACGAUCAGAGGAACUACACCAGCCUAACAAAGACCAAACCACCACCUCUUCUCUCCACCUCUACCUAUCGGGCCACCACUUCCUCACCCUGCACCACUGGCACAGGGCUGUCUCGCAGCUACAGCACGGCCUCUAUUUGCGACGACGCUGGCCUUUACGGCUCAGGCUACAGUUCAAGAGCUCCCUCUGAAUACAGCUGGUACUCCUCUGGAGCCAGCUCCACUCGUAGCAGCCCUGUGUCUUCCUCAGAUGAUGACACUGUCAGCAGUGUGUCCCAGGAACGCGGUAGCAGAGGCAGGAGGGACAGUGGGUCUUCUGACCUCUUGGACAUUAGUGAAUCGGCCGCUGAUUAUUUCAGCCGCUCCAACCGAAGAGGCAGUAUUGUGUCUGACCUUGAUGAUUUGAGUAUUCCAGAUUUGGAUGCUCUGGAUGAAAAAUGUGACAAGCAGUAUUCAGAUUAUAGUAGACCAUCCUCCCGGUGUGCCACCCCAGGCCUCUCGGCAGCCACCCUGGCAUCACUGGGUGGUACCUCAUCACGUCGAGGUAGCACAGACACCAGCAGCGCCUACGACCCCGACACCAGUCUGAGUGAACUUAGGGAUAUCUAUGAACUAAAGGACCAGAUUCAGGAUGUAGAAGGGCGGUACAUGCAAGGGCUUAAAGAGCUGAAGGAGUCACUCACAGAGGUAGAGGAGAAGUACAAGAAAGCCAUGGUAUCGAAUGCACAGCUGGACAACGACAAAGCCAACCUCAUCUAUCAAGUGGACACACUCAAGGAUGUCAUAGAGGAGAUGGAGGAGCAAAUGUCAGAGAUGAAGAGGGAGCUGGAAGAAAAGUCGAAGGAUCUAGAAAGACAAAAACACACAUGUACAGUUCUCCAGCAUAAACAAGAAGAACUGAAAGAGGGAAUCCGCCAGAGAGAUGAGCUUAUAGAGGAGAGCCAGAAAAUGCAGACUAAGUUAGAUGCCCUCACCAGAGAGGUGUUUGACCUGCAGGAAACGAUAAACUGGAAGGACAAAAAGAUUGCGGCCCUAGAGAGGCAGAAAGAGUACUUUGAUUGCAUUAGGAAUGAAAGAGAUGAGCUCAGAGAUGAGCUCGCUGACAUCAAGGGGAAAUCCAAAGCAGGAGAGAAACAUGGGCUGGUCAUCAUCCCAGAUGGUACACCAAACGGAGAUGUCAACCACGAGUCUCCGUCCUCAGGGAUCACUUUGGUCUCCCAGGAGGCCGCCCAGGUGCUGGAGUCUGCAGGAGAGGGUCCACUGGAUGUCAGGCUACGGAAGUUGGCAGAGGAGAAGGACGAACUUUUGGCUCAGAUUAGGAAACUGAAGAAUCAGCUGGAGGAGGAGAAACAGAAACACUCAAAGGUGGACAGUUCGUACACAGAUGGGGAGAGGAUGGAAAACGGUACAGACCUGCACCUUAUUGAAAUGCAGAGAGAUGCCAACAGACAGAUUAGUGAAUACAAAUUCAAGCUUUCAAAAGCAGAACAGGAAAUGGGUACAAUGGAACAAAAUAUUAACAGACUUGAAGGGCAAGUCUCCCGGUACAAGGCAGCGGCAGAUAACGCAGAGAAAAUCGAGGACGAACUUAAAGCAGAAAAACGUAAAAUUCAAAGAGAGCUGCGCACAGCUUUAGAUAAGGUAGAGGAGAUGGAGAUGACCAACAACCACCUAGUAAAGCGCCUUGAGAAAAUGAAGGCCAACAGGAAUGCCCUUCUGUCACAGCAAUGAGGCAAGGCAGCGUCACCACAGAAGCCCUUAAAUCCGCACCUCAGACCUCUGACUGCCAUAUUGCGACUGGAGCACAUUUCCAUUUUCAGCUGUAACACUUUGAGAUUUGUAGCUAACCAAAAACACUUAAAACCUGUAGCACAGGCAAAUGAACUGAACUGUUUUCUUUGUUUUUCUGAAUCAAGAGACAUUGGUUUUGUGUGGGAAUGAACUCAGAAAUACGACUAAUAAAACUACACGAGUUGCUGGGAGAUACAUCUGAGGACAUUUCUCCACUCACUACUUAAAAUUUCAGAGCUUUAUACUACAUCGUGUUAUCCAUGAGAUUUAUUUCCCUCUGACUGGGUGCUUGACUGUACUUUUUGUUUUUUGUUUUUUGAUGUGCUUUUUUUUUUUUUUGUUUUUUUUUGUUUGUUUUUUUUUUUUGUUCCAUAAGUUGCAUGAAUGAGUAUAAUGAUGCUUUUUAAACAAUUCAACCCUGAUGGCUGCUCCAGCCCCGCACCUUCCUGACUUCCUCUCACACAGUGAAGUGCCUUUUCACACCAGGAGAUUGGGGGUCUGCACCGCUUAAUAAAACAAUAAUUGUUUUAACAGGUACAUGUAUUUAAAAAGGAAUAAAAAUAAAUAAAUAAAGGUGCAGUUAUUAUUUGAAUAUAUAUAUAUAUAUAAAACCAACUGUGUCUGUUGCGGUUUCUUUGAAAUUUUUCAAAUAUUUAAAAGAUUUCUUGAAAAUAAAUGUGUCAUUUACAGAA